GUGAGCUGGAAGGGCUGGGCUCUGUUCAACCACCCGGAAACAACACUAUUUGUGGGCGCGGGGGGGGGAAAAACUGCGGUAAGAUUUAUUUUUCGUGAAGUACAACCAUCUGCUGAUAUAAUUUUGUGACAGCUGCUUUUGGACUGAAGAAUGAAGCUCUUGGUGCUUGGGGCCACUGGACAAACUGGCCAGUUUUUAGUGAGACAAGCACUAGAACAGGGCCAUGUGGUGACAGCUGUUGUAAGAACUCCCAGCAAGCUUACCAUUCAACACGAGAACCUGACGGUGGUGAAAGCAAAUAUCUUCUCAGCUGACAGCCUUGUGGAACACUUUAACGAGCAGGAUGUCAUCAUGUCCUGUCUUGGGUUCCCAAUAAGCAUAUUUUCUGAAGUUACAGGAUAUACAGAAUCAAUCAAAGCUAUUAUUCCAGCUAUGCGUGAGGCAAAAGUGACUCGAAUUAUAGCAAUGGCGUCCUGGUAUACUAAAUCUGAAACUUCUCAUCAGGCUUCCAGGACUGUGCGAUGGUUCUUGAUUCCUCUGAUCCGCAACAUACUAAUCAACAUGCAAGAGAUGGAGAAUUAUUUAAACAAUGAAUGCCAGGAUCUAAACUGGACUGUAGUGAGACCACCAGGGCUUCAGAAUGCACCAAAAACAGAUAAAGAAUUAUUAACUCAUGAAGGGUACUUUGUACCUGAUCCAGAUGGAAUUCCCAUUGCAAAUUCAGUGGCUCGAGGAGAUGUUGCUCGCUUUAUGCUUUCACUCCUUAAAGAUGAUCCAUGGAUUAAGAAGGCAGUGGCCAUGACAACAAAAUGAAACGUAAAUUCCUGCAUUGGAGGGAGACUCUUCAUUUUCUUUAUUCCCAAUUUCCUAGCCAAAUUCUGUAAGUGGGUUUAUAUAAACAGAGUAAGUGAAACUACAGGAACAGAAAAGCAAAGAGGUAGAGUAAGGAAGUAAAAUGAAAGUCAUAAAUAACAUAACCUGUAAUAACAUGUUACCAAGCUAGUAGCUGAUAGGAAUCAAAGGAUUAACCCAAGAGAUCAUAACUCUAUUUCUUUCAGCUCUUGUUUAUGUAUGUAAAGCUUUAGUUGCAAAUAAGCUAUAGGAUGUCUUUCGGGUUAACAAUCUAUUGGGAUAGAGAAUGGGAUUAAUCAAUGUAUGUUAUUCAUAAACUAUACUAGAAUUUGAAAAGGCUCUGAUAUAAAACUACCUGAUAAUAUUAUAGGGCAGGAUUUUCCUGUCGGCGAGUGGGGGGCGGGGCCCACUCACUGACGCGUAAAAUGAUGUGUGGUGACAUUGGGUGGAACUCCCAAGUUCACCGCGCCCCAUUUAAAUUUUCAGGAAG